GGGAAACGGAUUCCGCGUGACCGCAAAGCAGCAGCGAGCGGGCGGGCGGCGUUUCAUUACCGCCAUCAAGUAUCUCAGAGCCACUAACCGACGGGGCGUCCCAGAGUCUCAAAACAAGCGCACCAACUCUCCCGACCAACCGCUUUUUUUUGUGUUGUUUUGUUUUUUAGAGCUAACGAGAAUAACGCAGAAGCUUAAUAGCUAACCUGAAAUGGCGACGGCCAUAUACUUGGAGCAUUACCUCGACAGUAUUGAAAACCUACCAUGUGAGCUGCAGAGAAACUUUACUUUGAUGCGGGACCUGGACAACAGGACUGAAGAAAAGAAAGGAGAGAUCGACAAACUGGCCGACGAGUACAUCGCGCAGGUGAAGAACCUGGCCUCGGAGCAGAGAGUGGAACACCUGCAGAAGAUCCAGCACGCCUACAGCAAGUGCAAAGAGUUCAGCGAUGACAAAGUUCAGCUGGCCAUGCAGACGUACGAAAUGGUGGACAAACACAUCCGCCGGCUGGAUGCCGACCUGGCUCGCUUUGAGAACGAGCUGAAGGAGAAACUGGAUAUGAGCGGCUACGAGAGCACAGAAGGAAGAGCCGUGAAAAAGGGUGAAGCCCGGGGGCUGAGAGAGAAGAGGGCAUCCCGAGGAAGAGCGAGGAAAGGUUCCGAGGAAGAUUCUCCCAAAAAGAAGAAGAUAAAAAACAGCCCGGACGUGAGCGACGCCCUCCUGCCGAUGCAGCCGUCGGACGUCUUGGACAUGCCGGUGGACCCCAACGAGCCGACGUACUGCCUGUGCCACCAGGUGUCGUACGGAGAGAUGAUUGGAUGCGAUAACCCGGACUGUCCGAUUGAGUGGUUUCACUUCGCUUGCGUUGAUCUCGCCUCGAAACCCAAAGGGAAAUGGUUCUGUCCGAGGUGCACUCAAGACAAGAAGAAGAAAUGAGGGUUCUUUCAGAAACACGUGACGGCUGCCGUCUGCAGAGUUCUCCAUGGAUACUAAAAACAUCUUCUCCCCGUCAGUCAGAGACUAAAACAUGAAGGGGAAGAAGGUCCAGGUGGAAGAAUGCUGAAGUGACUCUUGAACUCAUAAUGUAUGCAUUGUUGUUGUAGUUAAGUGUAAUGUAUGUGUGUGUGUGUAUAUAUCUAUAGAUGGAGAUAUAUAUAGAUAUGAUAUUCAGAUCCUAUAAUUCUAUCGACCAGGUGGGUCAUACUGCUUAUUUUUUUUAAAGGCCUAAUCUGAAAUCUGAGUCCAGCUACUCAAAUUAUCUCUCCUAUCAGAACAUCCCUCCUUUAAAAAAAAUCAUGUAUAUUAUCAUCACUGGCAUACUCGCACAUCUUGGAUCGGGCUCGAGCUUACUUGAAAUAUAUACAUUUUAUAAAGGGCUUUUUUUUUUUUAAAGAAUCGACAGCCUGUUGAGAUUUAAGAACUUUUAAAAACUUCUGACCAAAUUAAUUUGGUGGUAAAAAUGAAUUGUCAUAUUUCCGGUUGGCUUUCUCUUUAGGGGAAACGUCAGCGCUGCACAAAAGACGGCUAAAAGAUACCUGUGUAAAAAGAGGUGUUUUGAUUAUUUAAAACCAGGCAAAACAAUGGACGUGUAUUCUUUAUUAAUUUUCAAAGAAGUCGUGACGCGUUUGAAUGUAUUUUGGUACUUUUGGUCAGUCAGUCGUGUCUCUUGUCAACUGAAGGAGGUAUUUACGCACUUUGAAUAAAAUGUCCCCCUGAAGAGGU